AUGGACAAUCAUACUUCUGGCCAGAGCAACAAACCCCUAACCAAGCCAGCACACGCCCUUGGACACGAUGACCUUGUUCAGCAACUGGACAGCUCAAUUGGCAUUGGACUGACACCAGUAGAGGCGUCCCAGAGAUUACAGACCUAUGGCCGCAACGAGUUGGAUGACGGCCCAGGCGUACAGCCACUCAAGAUCCUCCUGCGCCAAAUUGCUAAUGCAAUGAUGCUGGUCUUGAUAAUGGCCAUGGCAGUUUCGUUCGGAAUUCAGUCCUGGAUCGAGGGAGGCGUUGUAACUGCUGUGAUACUUCUCAACAUUGUUGUCGGCUUCCUUCAGGAGUAUCAGGCUGAGAAGACCAUGGACUCUCUGCGCUCACUAUCUUCACCCACCGCUACUGUGGUCCGGGAUGGGAGCAACUUGACCAUCCCCACGGCAGAGCUCGUCAUUGGCGACCUCGUCGAGCUUAAAGUCGGCGACACGGUCCCUGCAGACAUCCGGCUAAUUGAAUCCAUCAACUUCGAGACCGACGAAGCACUCCUCACUGGUGAAUCUCUACCUGUUGCGAAGGAUGAGGAAGCUAUUUUUGAUGAAGAGACGGGCCCUGGGGAUCGACUGAAUAUAGCAUUCAGUUCUUCCACAGUCACAAAAGGUCGAGCCCGAGGAAUAGUCUUUGCAACGGGCAUGUACACGGAGAUUGGUUCAAUCGCGACGGCACUCCGUCAAAAAGACUCGAAAAUUCGCCACGUUAAGCAUCGCGAGAACGGCACCGUGAAUCCCUUACGCUACGUCGAAUCCUGGACGUUAACCUUUACCGAUGCUGUCGGGCGGUUUCUCGGUGUCAAUGUGGGAACACCACUGCAGAAGAAACUCUCCCGCUUAGCGAUCCUGCUCUUCGGAAUUGCGGUUGUCUGCGCCAUUAUUGUCCUUGCCGCCAAUAAAUUCUCUGACCGCUCUGAGGUCAUCAUCUACGCUGUCGCUACUGGUCUUUCCAUGAUCCCGGCGUCGCUGAUUGUUGUCCUUACAAUUACAAUGGCUGUAGCCACGAAGAGAAUGGUUCAACGCAAUGUCAUUGUUCGAAACCUCAAGUCGUUGGAGGCCCUGGGUGCUGUCACCGAUAUCUGCUCGGACAAGACCGGGACUCUCACCCAGGGCAAAAUGGUUGCCAAAAAGUGCUGGAUCCCAGCUCGUGGCACCUACACAGUCAGCACUUCAAACGAGCCUUUCAAUCCAACGACGGGAGAGGUAACCUACAGUACAGCCGCUCCUGCUGCACGAAGUGAAUUACAACCCGAAGAUGGCCCCAUAGCCAAACCCAAUGAGCUAUUGGAGAAUAAUGACGCGUUAAAGGCCUUCUUGCUUGUGGCAUCGCUUUGUAACAUUGCUCGCGUUCAACUCAACAACGAGGGAAUCUGGGUUGCCAUUGGUGAUCCGACAGAAAUCGCAAUUCAGGUGUUUGCCUCUCGGUUUGGGUUCAACAGGCAAAGAUUCCUCGACCCAAAGCAAGCUAAAGUGAAAGAAGUCAGCGAGUAUCCAUUUGACUCGGAUGUGAAAAGAAUGUCUACUGUGUUUGAAGACCUCGAGACAAAGGAACAAAUGGUUUACACCAAGGGUGCAGUCGAGCGUGUUCUUGAUGCUUGUACAAGCAUUAAUUGGCACGGGACAGGCGUUGUCGACCUAACGGAUGAAAUGAAGGCAGCAAUUCUAGAGAACAUGGAAGUCCUGGCCAGUCAAGGUCUGCGGGUCCUCGCCCUCGCAAGCCGUCCUUACAAUCCUCACCAUGGUCGGCGUGCCAGUCGAGAAGGUCCACCUCCCCGUGGGGACAUUGAACGGGAUCUCACUUUCCGCGGCUUGAUUGGUCUCUACGACCCUCCUCGGCCAGAGUCUGCGGAUGCGGUCAAGAGCUGCCACCGCGCCGGAGUGAAAGUCCACAUGUUGACAGGCGAUCAUCCCGGCACUGCUCGUGCCAUCGCUGCACAAGUUGGCAUUCUCCCCACUGACCAAUCUCUAUUCUCUUAUCGCACCUCGCAAACCAUGGUUAUGACAGCAAAAGAGUUCGACCGUCUCAGCGAUGAAGAGCUGGACGAGCUAUCAGCUUUACCCUUGGUUGUCGCUCGCUGUGCCCCCAACACAAAGGUACGAAUGAUCCAAGCCCUUCGUCGACGAGGCGCUUUUAUGGCCAUGACUGGUGAUGGCGUCAAUGACUCCCCUUCGCUGAAGAUCGCCGAUGUUGGAAUUGCCAUGGGGCAAGGAGGCUCGGACGUGGCCAAGGAUGCCUCUGACAUUGUUCUCACGGACGACAACUUUGCAUCGAUUCUCAACGCUGUCGAAGAGGGCCGCCGGAUGUUUGACAAUAUCCAGAAAUUCAUCCUUCACCUUUUGGCGGAGAAUAUUGCACAAGCCUGCACGCUCCUCAUUGGCCUAGCAUUCAAAGACGACUCAGGCCUCUCUGUGUUCCCCUUAGCACCAGUCCAGAUCAUGUGGGUCAUAAUGAUCACGUCUGGCAUGCCCGACAUGGGUCUUGGCUUGGAGAUUGCCGCGCCAGAUAUCCUUCAGAGGCCACCGAUUUCGCUGAAAGCGGGCGUCUUCACCUGGGAACUCUGCUUCGACAUGCUCGUCUACGGCUUAUGGAUGUCUGCGCUUUGUCUAUCGUCCUUCCUCCUGGUCAUGUACGCGUUUGGAAACGGAGAUCUCGGCGUCAACUGCAACACGUCCUACUCCGCGCAGUGCGAUACAGUCUUUCGGGCCAGAGCCACAACCUUUGUCAGCCUUACCUGGUUCGCACUCUUCCUUGCGUGGGAAAUGGUCGACAUGCGCCGAAGCUUCUUCCGCAUGCAGCCCGGCAGCAAGAGGUACUUUACGCAGUGGAUGUACGACGUGUGGCGCAACCAGUUUCUCUUCUGGGCCAUCGUGGCCGGCUUCGUGACCAUCUUUCCCACCAUCUACAUCCCGGUUAUCAAUCACAAGGUCUUCAAACACACCGGCAUCUCCUGGGAAUGGGGCAUCGUCUUUGUCGAGGCCGUCCUCUUCUUCCUGGGCUGCGAGGCCUGGAAAUGGGCCAAGCGCGUAUACUUCCGCCGACGCGCCGGGCUGCAGCCGGGCCUGACAUCUGCCGACUUGGAAAAGUUGGUCUUUUCGGACUUUGCUUCCUCUGGAGAGGAGGGAGAUGCAGAACGCGGCGAUGUCCGGAAGGGGGAGGCCACCGAGAAGACAAAGUGCUAG